AUGGGAUCUCGAUUUGGUGCUGAGGUCUUGAUACGAUCUAUCCAGUGGGCUAAACUGGCAGGUGUGCUUUCGGAUCUUCUGUCAACUGACGACUCAACGAAUGCAAGGGUUGCGAUACGAUCAGAGUUGGAGAAAUGGCAUCUGGAGACAGAACAAGCAUUGACAGAGAUUCUGAGACUUGAAAACGUGUCAGCAAAUGUCAGCCAGAUUCGGGUGAUGUAUCUCGGCAUCAGCAGCAUCAAAUUUCAGUAUCUACAUUCUCUUACCUGCUUGCUGAAAGGCGACGAGUCUUCAUCGGCCCUUCUCUUAUUCUCUGCUCAUGAAGCUAUCUCGACAUUGAGCUCUAGGGUCUCGAAUUGGAGUUCUGUAUACAACGGUGUGGUCUGA